AUGGAAUGGUCGAGUCCUAUUGAUCUUAUCGAACGUUAUGAAAACUUUUUGCAAAUGAACACAUCUUCAUCAACUGAAGUAUUUUAUAAUUGUACUCCACCAUGGUUUGGAUCAAUUUGUCAAUAUAGAUUUGUUUUAAAUGAAUCAUUUUCAUCUUUUAUUCAAAUGAGAAUUGACGAGCCUCAAUUGUUCUAUGCAAAUACAACAGUAACCUGUUAUAUACAUAUGAAAUGUAGCAAUCAUUCAUUUCUAACCUGUCUCGAUUGGCGUGAAAUAUGUGAUGGGAAAGUGAACUGUCUUGAUGAUGGUGAAGAUGAAAAAUAUUGUGUUGAGCUUGAAAUGAAUCAAUGUGAAGAAAACGAAUAUCAAUGUCGAAAUGGUAUGUGCGUGAACGAAGAAUUCUUUUCAGAUGAAGGUAUUGUAUUGAUACGAAUUAGUAGUCCAGAGUGUUUGGAUGGAUCGGAUGAAGCCCGAUUUUUAGACCAGCGUUCAUGUCCAAGAGACUCAUCUUUUAGAUGUGAAGAUAUUCUUUGUCGACAAUAUACUGAUUUUAACUGCGGAGAUGGAAAUUGUCGUGCUGUGAUCGCAACUCGUGGAAUUAUGCCAUGCACAAAUAAUCGGGACCGAGCAAUAAACUAUUUUUUUGAUUGGGACAAUCUUGUAGAUACACGAUAUUCUCGUUGUUUCAAAAUUCUUAUGUGUGUGACACACGUCGUGUCACAGAUCCGCUUUGAUAAAUAUUGCAAAAGCUUGUGCAAUAAUACACAAGAAUGUAAAAUACAAACUAUUGAACAUUGUCCACCUGCAUUCAUUGCACCUACCUUUCCAGUAUGGGAUGGUCAUGUGAGAUUUGGCUAUUUUUCUAAUGCAACAUCUAUCAAACUCUUUGGAUAUGAACCUGACUUUGUAUGUUAUAACAAAGAUCUUUGUCCAUUUCUCAUUCCAACAUUCACACUAGAUAAUCAUACAUGUUUACAUACUAACCGACUAAAUUUAACAUCAAGUGAUACUGAAUAUGACAUAUUUAGAGCAUGUAAUCAACUCUUUCAAAAUGAUAAGGAAAGCAUCUGCCAAGGUUCAACUACUACAGUACGUUGUUUAGGAACAAAUAAAUGUAUACCUACGCGUCGAAUCAUGGAUGGAUUUGCAGAUUGUUAUAAUGCUUUUGAUGAGUCAAUUGCAGCUAACUCAUGUGCGUUGAAUGAUAAACAUCGUUUUCAAUGUACAUCUGAACAGAAAUGUCUCUCAC